CUUACAUGAUAAUUCAAGAUUUUGCAUGAGUGUUAUUAUCGAGACCCACCAAAUCAAAAAACGGAAUUAGGCAGUUGCCUGUUGUUGUUAAAACUAUUAAUACGAGGCUACUCCUAUAAAUGGAUGCCAGAGUAAGAAGAGUUGCCAAUCAAGAAAUGAGAUUAAUUCCCGGACCGGUUCAACCAAGAUGGUCUCAACCCCGGUUCAUGGACCUUGAUCCGGUCCAAGCAGAAAUAUAACCCUCAAAAAUUUUAUAAAAAAAAAGAAGAAGAAAACAGCAGAGUGGUAGCCAAGUCAGAUUGCAAUACAAGGAAACGGUCCAAUCUACUGCAAGCUCUGAACUCUUCAUCCCACUAUAUAAUGAGCCGGCCGUCCGAAUCUUCUUCCACGCCCUUCCUGUCAAUCUCCACACCAUCAUGGCCUGAAAACCAUACUCCAAUUUCUCCUCCUCUUCGCGAACUCAUCUUGCUUUCCCUCUCGAAAACCUUCCAAAGGCUAAACCAAUAGCUACUAUGAAGGAGUACCAAGGCGGCUCCUCCCUCUCCAUGUCCGCCCGCUACCGCUCCCUCCUCAGCCUCCGCGGCAACCAAGUCGCCUCCAUGGAGCAAGGCCAAGAACAGCAACUCCACGAGCUCGACCUUUUCCUCUCCCACGUCGCCGACCGCCUCCUCUCCCUCCUACCCCCGGACUCUCCCAAAGACUGUCCCCAGAAGCCUGAGCCUUUCCUCUCUCUCGCCUUUCUCUCGAACCUUCUUGACGCCCUCCUCGCCGUCGACGCCGAGUUCCGGCCUCUCAUCCUCCUACUCGCCCGCGGCGGUCCACCCGCCGCCGCCGCCACCUCUCGCCCCGUCGCCGACCUUCUGGACCGCGCCGUCAAGUCCCUCGACCUUUGCAACGCCGUCUGCCUCUCCCUCCACUCCGUCCGCCACUGGCUCCGCCACGCCCGCAUCGCCUCCUCCGCCCUCCUCCUCCCCCGACCCGCCCUCCUCCGCGCCCACCGGGCCCUCUCCAAGCUCCUACCCUCCGAUUCCGGCCUCCUCCGGACCGAGCGCGCGGGAUCCUGCCGGCGGGAGGCGAGCUCGAGAUCUUUGUCUUGGAGCGUGUCGAGGAACUGGUCGGCGCACCUCGCCGCCCCGCGCGGCGGCGAGGGGGGAGGAGCGGGGCUGGCGGCGGCGGUAUACACGAUGAGCGCCGUGCUGGUCUUCGCGAUGUGGGCGCUUGGGGCGGCGGUGCCGUGCCAGGAGAGGGGCGGGCUGCCCGUGACCCCGCCGCGGCACCUGCCGUGGGCCGCGGCGAUGGUGGGGCUGCAGGAAAGGAUCGCGGAGGAGUGGCGGCGGAGGGAUCGGAAGGCGACGGCGGGGCUGCUGGCGGAGAUGCAGGAGGUUGAGAGGUGCGGAAGGGGGCUGAUGGAGGUCGUGGAGGAGGCCGCCGGCGGAGGCGGAGGAGGGGGGGCGUUGCUGGAGAGGGAGAGGGCGGAGGCCGUGGCGGAGAUGGCGGCGGAGCUGGCGGAGGCGUGUCGGAGGCUGGAGGAGGGGUUGGGGCCGCUCGAGAGGCAGGUGAGGGAGGUGUUCCACCGGGUGGUGGGGAGCCGCGCGGAGGUGCUCCGGUGCUUGGAACAGGGCGCGCGCCCUGCUACUUUGCCCAAUCUUAUCUUGUAGACACACUAAAACCUAAAGCAUUAGGUUUACUUUGGCUUUUUUUUAUAGGAGUUUCUAGUUAUAAAAUUCUUUUGUUUUGUUUACAUAUGAAUGAUGUAACAAUAACUAGAUAAUUUUUUUUUUUCAAUCUUUUGGUUGGAGUUUGGUGAGUCAGCAAGGAGUGGAGCCUAAGAUCCAGAGCAAUCUGGGAACUCCAUUUUUGUUUUAAGAGUCAAUUUAGUUAUUGACUACAUGGAUUUGUAACAUGUGUUUGUGAUUGUCAUUUUAUCUGCUUUUUGUAAAUGUACUUGAAGUUGAUUUAAUUUGUGGAUACAAUGCUUUUGCUUAUAGUCAAUUUAUUCAAAGUGCUUCUAAA